CGCGAGGUUGUUCGGGCGAGAGCAUGAAGUCGCUCUAUUCAACAGUUCUCUCACUCUGUAUAGUGAUAGCCUUCGUGAGCGGAGCAUCGUGUCAGUAUCGAGAUAGCCCCGAAGAACAAUCGGCAUCCGCAUCGGAUGAGGACGGGACCGGUGGAGACGAUUCCGCGACGGAUUACUCGAACGGUUUCGAAUCCUCGGAGGAUGACGCGGAUACCGGAACGACCGUCCUGAACAGCGACCAGCGAGACGGCGAGGAAUCGGGCCCUUCUCUUAGGGCCUCGACAGUUCUCCCGAGGAUCUCCCCUUCCCUGACGAAUCAUAUCCUGGAUGUCUCACCGAAAAAUCCGGACGAGAGUCCAGUGGUUGUUAAAUCGGAAUCAGGUCCAGGAAGCAGAGGGGGUCCCCGCCUGCCCUAUCCGUCCAGGGCUGACGAUGACGAAAAUCAGAGUGACGGCGACGAUGAAUUCAAUCAGUCCGACGACGGAAGCACUUCCGUGAGAGGCAGCGAAGUCGAUUACAUCAACAGACUGCGGGAAAUGGUCGGCUGGCCAAGCGUCUUGAGACAUUCGCCGCCCUUCUUGCAAAGUCUAUUCGAUGAGAGGAGUAAACUCCAGGCCAAACUCUUGGAAAUGGAGAAGGAACGCAUAAAGUUGCGCACGAUCCUGUCACAAAUCAAAGGAAUCCUCAACACAAUGCAUGAACGUAGCUCAUGGGGAACCUCGAACAUGACUUCCCAUGAAACUAGAAUCGCUAGACUGCGGAACCUCUUCUUAAUCCUGGGCGCCAUUACCAACUUUACCCCGCUGACUCAUGAUCAGCUGGCGAAAUUCAAUUACGACGUAGGACUCUUCGACCCGAAGAUCACAGAGGAUGGCAAGAACGCUUUCGCUCAACGGAUUUCGACGCUCCUGCGCAACAGGUUCCCACUUGGCCGCUACAGCGAGCUAAACCACAACGAGAUCCGGAAUAGCUACCCCCCGGUGUUCUUGAGAUCCCACCAUGCGACGAAUCCUCAAGAACUCCCAAGAGAAACAGUCGAAAUGAAGUUGCAUCGACUCCGGAACAUCUAUCUCCUGGUUCGACCCUUGGUGACCGGGGAGAAGCUGACAUCGGAGGAGCUUCGCGAGUUAUCCGAGAGCCGAGACGGUUUCUUCGAGCCGGGCGUCAACGAUACGAGAAAGAUAGAAAUCAUCACUAGAAUCGCCGAGAGCAUUCGAACAUCUCAUCUGUCUCAAAAACUGAUCGAAGGUUCAAGGCUCCGCUCGAUGAAAGCAACGUCCGCGCCGACGACGACGGAGACCGCAUCGACUUCGAGGGCUCCUCCGACAUCGUACAGCCAUAACUCAGUACUCGUGAUCAGGAUGGCUCCGAAACGAGACGACGACAGCAUGCAUAUUUCGGGGAAAAUUCAGAUGGAUCUCAAAAUCGAAGGCGAUAUGCGUCCCGAAGAACGCGACAAUGGUCUCCUCUCGAAGCUUCUCUGAAAAACCCAGGAUCUUUGAAUGCUAUCCAGGAUCUUGAGCCAUGUUCUCUCAAUAAAGGCGCUUGCGUCUAACUACCA